GGGAAUUGUAGUCCUGCUCUUAGUCAGCAUUUGGCACAAGCAACGGGCCUGCAAGUCCUGGAAUACGAUCAAUUAAAGGGCAAGUGACCAGGAUUUAUCGCCCUGGGGUCUGGGGCUGCAUCUCUGCAAUUAGAUUCUGCUGUCGGACCAGAUGAACAUUACUGAAGUUCUAGUCCGGUAUAAUUUAUCUUGUCAAUAAUGGGGGAAGCAAGACAGAUAAUGGAGACGGUCAUAAAACACGCUUUUGAGAUAGUCUACCUACUUACUGGAGAGAGUUAUAUUGUAGUGAAGAUAAAAGAUGAGCACAGUCCAUUUGUGGCUAAAAGCAUUUAUGGGCCGCCAUCUGCUGUGUUUGCAUGGGAGAAAACUGACAACAAAUCCUUAAUUAUCAAUACAAUUGUGAACCAUGCCUCAAAUAUAAUUCACCUGAUGAAUGGAGAGAUGCCAGUCAGAUAUGACAGUGUUGCUGUGUAUUUCUCUAUUGAAGAGUGGCAAUAUCUCAAGGAACAUAAAGACCAGUACAAGAGCGUUAUUGAGAAUUGCCAGACUGUCAGCACAUCAGGUAAUUGUCAGAUUAUAGAUGAAGACUGUGAAGAUGCAACUCACUCAACUGUCGAAUCAGCAGGACCAUUUGUGAUCAGAGAUGAGGAAAAACCUAAAGCAAAUUAUGUAGCUCUUCCCUCAAAGGACGGUUUAUUUGAAAGUGGAGAAGAUCCCAUGAGGAACAGUACCAUUAAUCAGCCUGAAUGUGAAGGACACACUAUUUUGACAACUGAAAUACAAGACCUAAAUCAAUCAGAAACUCAACAAUGUGUAUUGGAUAGUCACAAAAUUAUAAAUAACAAUGAUAAAAAUAUUUUACAAGAAAAUAAGGAACAUAUAUGUAGCGAAUGUGGAAAAGGCUUUGAUAACAAGAGGCAUUUUAAUAAUCACUUGAGGAACCACAGAGGAGAGAAACCAUUUAUAUGUGGUAUGUGCGGAAAAGCGUUCUCAUGCAACUUUCAUCUUAUUGUACAUAUAAGAUCUCACACUGGAGAGAAACCCUUUGUGUGUAGUGAUUGUGGAAAAGGUUUUACCAGUCGUUCAGCUAUGCUUUUUCACCAGAAAAGCCAGACUGGAGGAUUUAUUUGUUCCAUAUGUGGUAAAUCGUUAAUUUGCCGCUUAGGUCUUGCUAGACACAGGUUGAUUCACACAGGAGAUCGUCCAUUAGCUGGUUCUCACAUAGGGCAAAAAAUGAUGCACUCCACAGAGAAGUCUUUUGUUUGCAAAGAAUGUGGUAAAUGUUAUAAAAACCGUUCAUCGCUAUACGUUCAUAAAAAGAUACAUCACGAUAUCCGACCAUGUGAUUCUGGACAUGAAGACCAACACAUAGGCCACAAAUGGAUGUAUUCUUCAGAGAAGCCCUUUCUUUGCAAGGAAUGUGGAAAAUGUUAUAAAAACCGUUCAUCUCUGUACACUCACAAGACAAAACAUGCUCAUUUGCGACCAUUUGAGUGCAACAUAUGUAGUAAAAGAUUUAGUACUGAUUCCCGUCUUGAGCUGCACAUGAAUAAACAUACUGCAGAGAAGCCCUAUAUCUGCUCUGAAUGUGGGAAAGAAUUUUGUCAGAGUUCAGAACUUGUUAAACAUAUGAGGUUACAUAUGGGAGAUACAAGCUAUGCUGCCAGUGAGUGUGGAAAGGACUACACAAUUAAUGAGAAUACCAUAACUCAAGAGAAAAGCAAUACAGGAACUUGUCAGAUGGGAGAUGAUGGAAAUAAUACAUAUCACACAUCUGUCAUCUCAGAAGGAACACAUAUAACUAAUAAAGAGGAAGAACCUAUAUCAAAUGACGUGGCUCCUUUAUCAAAUGAAUGCUUACUGGAAAAUGGAGACAGUGAUAGGCAAGAUCCCUUAAACAUUAGUACAGAUAAUUCAUUAAGCCCAUCUAAGUUUGAAACGCACAAUCUUAUAACAAACCAAACACAAGACCUAAAUCACCAGGAGACGGAAAGUGCAUCCGAUGCUUAUGAAAAUGAUAAAAAUAUUUUAGCAGAGCAGAAGGAACAUGUUUGUAGUGAAUGUGGAAAAGGCUUUGAUAAUAAGAGACAUUUUAAUAAUCACCUGAGGAACCACAGAGGAGAGAAACCAUAUUCAUGUGGUACAUGCGGAAAAGCGUUCUCAUGCAACUCCCUUCUUGUCGUCCAUAAUAGAACGCACACUGGAGAAAGACCCUUUGAGUGUGGUUAUUGUGGAAAAGGUUUCAUCAGUCGUUCUUCUUUGCUUUAUCACCAGAAAAGCCACACUUGUUCUGUAUGUGGCAAAUCCUUUACUUGCCACGUAGCUCUUUCUAAACACAGGUUGACUCAUGCAGGAGAUCGGCCAAUAGCUUCUUUUGAACAUGAAAAACAACACUUAGGCCACAGAAGGAUACACUCAUCAGAGAAGGCCUUUGUUUGCAAGGAAUGUGGGAAAUGUUAUAAAAACCGUUCAUCUCUAAGCACUCACAAAAAAAUGCAUAGCAAUAUGCGACCGUUUUGUUGUACUAUAUGCCCUAAAACCUUUAGUUCUAGCUCACGUCUUGUUCUGCACGCGAGAUUACAUAUUGCAAAGGAACCCUAUACAUGUUCUGAAUGUGGAAGUAAAUUUUGUCAAAGCUCAGAACUUGCUGAGCACAUAAAGUCACAUAUGGGAGAUAUGACCUGUGUUGGCAGUAAUUGUGCAAACGACUCCACAAUUCAUGAAAAUCUUGUAGAUCAACAGAGAAUCAACACAGGAACUUGUCUGACAGGAGAUGAUGGAAAGGAGCACUCCACACCUGUCAGCCCAGAAGACUGUUUUAUUGACGAAACAUUUGUGGCCAGAGCAGAAGAACCUGAAGCCAAGUAUGUGGCUCGUCCAACAAAUGACAGUUUCUUUCAAAGUGGAGAAAGUCAUAAACAAGAUCCCUUUAAACUGAGUACGUAUAGUUCAUUAAGUCAAUUUGAAUAUGAAACAAACAAUCUUAUAGUAAACCAGAUAGAAGACCUAAAUCACUUACAGGAGAAGCGCUGUGAAUCCAACCCUCAUGAAGUUGGUAUCAACAAUGAUAAAAAUAUUUUAGCGGAACAGAAGGAACAUGUUUGUAGUGAAUGUGGAAAAGGCUUUGAUAACAAGAGACAUUUUAAUAAUCAUCUGAGGAACCACAGAGGAGAGAAACCAUUUGUAUGUGGUACAUGUGGAAAAGCGUUUUCAUGCAACUCUCAUCUUGUUAUACACCAUAGAACCCACACUGGAGAAAGACCCUUUGUGUGCAGUGAUUGUGGAAAAGGUUUUAUUAGUCGUUCAACUUUGCACAAUCACAAUAAAAUCCAGACUGGAGAAUUUACUUGUACCAUAUGCGGCAAAGCCUUUCAUUGCCGCUUAGCUUUUGCUAACCACAGUUUGAUUCACACAGGAGAUCAGCCAUUGGCUGGUUCUCACUUAGGUCACAAACCGAUACACUCCCCUGAGGAGUCUUUUGUUUGCAAGGAAUGUGGUAAAUGCUAUAAAAACCGUUCAUCUCUAAGAGUUCAUAAAAAGAUACAUUGUAAUAUGCGACCAUUUGUGUGCUUUGUAUGCUCUAAAAGUUUUAGUUCAAACUCACAUCUCGUUCUGCACAUGAGAUUACAUACUGCAGAGGAACCCUAUACGUGUUCUGAAUGUGGAAGAGAAUUUUUUCAAAUCUCAGAAUUUGUUGAGCACAUGAGAUCACAUAUGGCAGAGGCGCCCUAUGUUUUCAGUGAUUAUGGAAAUGACUUCACAAUUUAUGCAAGUCUUACCUCUCAUCGCAGAAGUGACCCAGGAAAUCUCUCUUCCGGAGAUGACAACACGAAAAAUGAAUCAAAUUCAGCACCUUCUUUAGAUGCUGUUUUAGAUGAAGGUGAAGUAAAAAGAUUAUAUGUGACUGGUAAAGAGGAAGGACCAAAAUCAACUCCAUCAAAUGAAGGUUUAUAUAAAAAUGGAGAUGACGACAGUUUGUGUGUAUCUGAAACAAACCACAAACAACAACCUUUGAUAAACACUACCAAUAAUACAAUAAUUCCUCCUAAAUAUGAAAGAGACAAUUUUACAAGAAAACAAAAUCAAACAGAGAAGCAACUUAGUUCCAGGACUUGCAGUAACAGUAUUUUAGCAGAACAGAAGGAACAUGUAUGUAGUGAAUGUGGAAAAGGCUUUAACAACAAGAGACAUUUUAAUAAUCACCUGAGGAACCACAGAGGAGAUAAACCCUUCCCAUGUGGUUCAUGUGGAAAAGCUUUUUCAUGCAACUCCCAUCUUGAAACACAUAUGAGAAUUCACACUGGAGAAAGACCCUUUGUGUGCACUUAUUGUGGAAAGGGUUUCAUUAAGCGCUAUUUUCUGAAUAGCCAUCAAAGAACACACACAGGAGAGAAACCUUACGUGUGUAUUGAUUGUGGAAAAAGUUUUACUGUUCGUUCCUCUUUGCUUAAUCACCAUAAAACCCAUAAAGGUCAAUUUACAUGUUUGGAAUGUGGUAAAUCUUUUAAUUCCAGUACAGUGCUUGGACUGCAUAAGCUAAUUCACACAGCAGAUAAGUCAUCGUAAUUAACCCAAAAUGUAAUUGUAAUGUUUAUUAAAGUGCCGGAAAAAAAUAAUAA